GGGAUGGCGGCGGGGGCCCGGGGCUGCCCCCAGGCGGGCUCCGGGGAGCGGGCUCUGGCCGAGCUGCUGCUCGAGUUCUCUCGGGCGCAGUAUCGGGCCAAGGACGGGGGCGGCGGCGGGGCCGGGAGCAGCGCGAAGGUGGAGAGGAUUGAGAAGCGCUGCCUGGAGCUGUUUGGCAGGGACUAUUGCUACAGCCUGAUACAGAAUGUGAAUGGGGAAAUUUGUGGCCACUAUCCCCGGCAGAUCGUCUUCCUAGAGUACGAGAGCACUGACAGGGAGCGGAACAUGUUUGAGAGCACUGUGCAGGUCAGCAAACUGCAGGACCUCAUCAACCGCAGUAAAAUGGCCAGAUGUAGAGGACGAUUUGUCUGCCCGGUCAUUCUGUACAAGGGAAAGCAUGUCUGUCGGUCAGCGACCCUGGCUGGAUGGGGGGAACUGUAUGGACGUACUGGGUACAACUACAUUUUCUCAGGGGGCUCUGACGAUGCAUGGGCUGAUACCGAAGACCUUUCAGAAGAAGAUUCUGUGUUCAGGAAUGCAGACUCCCAGCUGUUUGACAAGGUCCGAGGACAUGACAUCAAGCUGCUUCGAUACCUGUCUAUCAGAUAUAUCUGUGACCUAAUGGUGGAGAACAAGAAAGUGAAGUUUGGCUUAAAUGUGACGUCUUCCGAGAAAGUGGACAAAGCUCAGCGCUAUGCUGAUUUUACCCUCCUCUCCAUCCCAUAUCCAGGCUGUGAAUUUUUUAAGGAGUACAAAGACCGGGAUUACAGAGCUGAGGGUCUCGUAUUUAACUGGAAGCAGGAUUACGUAGAUGCUCCAUUAAGUAUCCCAGUGUCUCUGACUCGGUCUUUGAACAUUGACUGGAGUGAGUACCAGAGCUGGGACCUGGUGCAACAGACACAGAACUACCUGAAGCUGCUGAUCUCACUCAUCAAUGGGGACGAUGACAGCGGGCUCCUGGUACACUGUAUAUCCGGCUGGGACCGAACCCCUCUCUUCGUCGCCCUCCUGCGCCUCUCCUUGUGGGCUGAUGGGCUUAUCCAUGCCUCGCUGGAGCCUGCGGAGAUUCUUUACCUGACAGUGGCCUAUGACUGGUUCCUUUUUGGGCACAUGUUGGUUGAUCGGCUCAGUAAAGGAGAGGAGAUUUUCUUUUUCUGCUUCAAUUUUCUGAAGCACAUCACCUCGGAGGAGUUCUCUGCUGUGAAGCUGCAGAGGAGGAAGAGCCUGCUGCCUGGCUUCACGGUGGAAGAAAUCUGCAUGCUCAGUGAGUGCUGUCCCGGAACGCCGGCCACUCCCCUGGAGCAGAGGGAUCGGGGCAGCACCACGAGCCUGAGCAGUGACUUCUCCCUAGUGCUGGAGAGUUCACCAGGAGCAGCUGGGAGCUUCACCUCUGAGGCUGUGGAGCUGAUGCCAGCUGGCGCACAGACCCAGGCCGCUUGGAAGAAGAGCCGCACAUCCUCUCCCCAAACGGUGCUCUGGAGUCGGACCCCACAGUCUGAAGACAGACCGCCUUACCAGGAAGCAAAGUCCUCUAGCUCCUCCUCCUCAAACCAUUCUGACACCUUCCUGAGGGUUGGAAGCAGCCCACUGGAGGUCCCGAAACCCAGAGUCUUCCAGCUCGUCAUUACGCUGAUCCGUGACUUCCCCAGGAACUCUGAGCACAGCUCUUCUAACGUGACCAGUCCUGUUCAUACUGGCUCCAGCCCUGGCUGCCUUGUGGAGACGGUUGUGUGUAAUGGGCUGAGUUGGACUCUUGUUCCCUUGGGCAAUUGGAAUAUACAGGCUCCCACACAAGAGCGUGGGGUGGGGUGGGGUGAAUCGGGGCUGGACUCUGCAGCAGUAAAUACUGGAGCCAGGAGCGCAGAGGAGAACAUCAGUAAUAAGGCUGAGGGGAUCAAGUCAGCUGUGUGCAGACAGCUGGAACCUCUCUCGGCCAGCAGCUCCAGCACAGAGUAGAGAUGUGCUUCCCUUGAUACAGAAGCAGCUUGGAUUUCCUCUCCACCCCUGUGUCCCCGAACGCCAGCUGUAAGCUCAUGGCUGGGUGACCCUAGGGAAAGAGGUGCAGUUGGCAGGGCAGCAGUUGAUCUAGUCCUCUGGAUCCAGUUACACUGCUCCAGCUCCCACUUCCCCGCUGAAUCCAGCCACGCCUUGGUCCACACACAGCCUGCUCCAGCUCCCACUUCCCCGCUGAAUCCAGCCACGCCUUGGUCCCUACACAGCCUGCUCCAGCUCCCACUUCCCUGCUGAAUCCAGCCACGUCUUGGUCCCUACACAGCCUGCUCCAGCUCCCACUUCCCUGCUGAAUCCAGCCACGCCUUGGUCCCUACACAGCCUGCUCCAGCUCCCACUUCCCCGCUGAAUCCAGCCACGCCUUGGUCCCUACACAGCCUGCUCCAGCUCCCACUUCCCCGCUGAAUCCAGCCACGCCUUGGUCCCUACACAGCCUUCCGUCCUUCUCCAGGGAUUGAGCUGAUCACUCCUGGGCGAGCCGGGGGCAUGGUCCAAAUACACCCUCCUAAUUAGAGACUGACAUGGCUGGGGCCUUCCCCUUGGCCUGAACUCCAUGAAUGGUGUCUGCAUGUCCUAUUGCUCGGGAGAGGAAGGGAUUGCAUUGCCUCACUCAGCACUGCUGGUGCCUCCUCUCUGGCUACGUGAAUCCAGGUCACAGAGGGUCUAUAACAAUCUCCAGCUGAAGUUCUACCUGGGGAUGGGGGGAACAUACAUUUGAAUGCAAAAUAGUCAAUAUUAUUAUUUCCUCUCUAGUGUGUUUCAUCAGUAGAUCUCAAAGUGCUUCCCACUCAUCAGUGUAUUUCUCCCUACACCGCCCUGUGAGAGGGGAGAACAUGACUCGCCCCAUGGUAUAAAGGGGGCCUGAGGCACAGAGAAGCUAGGUGACUUGUCCCCGGUCUCCCAUGGCCCAGGCCAACACCCUACCUACUGACCUGUCCAUCCAGCAUCACUGCUGGAGGCAGAGGGGAGCAAGGAGGAAGCCCUUUCCCUUGGCCCCUUACGAACAGUGUUCAGCAGCCAGACACUUGGCUGGAGUGUCCUCACGGGAGUGGCUGGAGUCCACUGACUGCUGCCAGAAAUGCUCUUGUCUCUACAGCUGGAGGCUGGUUCCUGGGGAAGGUCUAAACUGAGGAAAUAACUGCACUUGACUAUCUAAUCCUCUGGCCAUGUGGUCAUGGCAACAAAACACUUAGCCACGCAGCAGCAGCAGGGGAGACAUGGACUGUUCUUAGUGGGCCAACAGCACUUCAAGCAGCUAAUCCCAGUUGUUCCAGGUGCAGCCAGAAUGGAGAGCAGAGUAAUGCCGACAGACGUGUAGUGGAGGAAGGGGAAGGGCACCAGGAUGACCCUUUAGGUGUUUCCACUGGGGCAUCCUCGAAGGAAAUGUUGCAUAUGUUACACUUGGCCAGUGUGUGGGCUUCUCCAGGGGCUGGAGCUUCUGUCAUACUAAUAAUGUGAUUAGUGGCCCAUGACCCAGUCCAAAGGCAUCGUCAGAUGUCAGGUCUCUGGUUGACAGAAAACCACUUCCCACCACACCUCUGCAUAGGCUGUGUCCCAAACUUGCCAGGCAUUUGCAGAGCAGGGCAUGAUGGUCUCUCCAGCUGAUUCCUUGUGCCCGUGUGGACUGAGCUGUCGACAGUGCCCUGGAGCUCAUGUUUCACAUUACUGCUGGGAGUAGUAGCUGGUGAAGCUGUAGAAAAAUGCAGUGUGUCUGUGUUGGGGCAUUGACUUGCGAGCACACACCUCGUGACGCUGGAUUAGCAAACUGGACAAACGUUGCCCGUGCUUUCGUUAAGUCUAUUAACCAACCCUGGUGUGCUGUGUUCUGUUAAGAGGCAAGGAACCCAGCCCGGGGUCUUCUGGUGGUUGCGUGAAUCACAGGAAAUCCUAGCUCUUUAGAUGCUGCUGCAGCCAGUUCAGUAAAGUGCUCUGACUGCAAAGAGCGGCACCCCAAUGGAUGUGGCUACUCAGUGGAAUCUGUGGAUGCCGUAGUUGGUGACCAUAAUGUAUUCUCUUCAGCCCCCACUGGGAAAUUUUUUCUCACAGUUGCUUUGAGGUGCUUGGUAGCUAGAGGUUUUACCAUGUCUGUGCUGGGCAUCUGUCAUUCUCUAUGUCCUAAAGAAAAACGAGGCCCAAAGCUUGCCAGGACCAGGACUGAAACACCUGACUGCAGAAGGAAAUGAGGAGUCUUUCCAGAACUGAAGCUCUAAUUAUGCUACAAAUUGAACUGAUACUGUGGCGAAGAGUGUGACAUUGCCAAGAUCCUGACUGAGGUCCCAGAAGACUGGAGAAGGGCUAACGUUGUGCCCAUCUUUAAAAAGGGGGGAAAGGAGGAGCCAGGGAACUAUAGACCAGUCAGCCUGACUUCGAUACCUGGGAAG